GGUCUAAAUGGAAAAUGCUGGUUUUUGUACAUAGCAAGUAUUGUGACAACUUGAGAAUUUCAUGACAGUUUUGAGUUUCAGAAGAAGAAGAACUUUGUGGUACCUUUUGGCGAGGUUCAUGUAUCAAAGUUACGUAAAGCUGACAUGAAAUUUUUUCUGCUGGAGUCUAAAAUAAAAGGAGAGUAAUUUGCCACCUUCAGAUACAAAUUCAAAAGGAAGCAAAACUAUUGAUGUCGUGACCAAGCAGUUGGUACUUGAUGCCCUGGUGAGCCAUUAACAAAAGAUGAAGACAAUACGGUAGCAGGAGACACUGAAUGAGAGUGAAAAAGUGCUUUGGUUUCCUAGUGGAAAGUGAAUGUAGGGGUUACCUACAGUUGAUGAAAAGAAGUAAGGGAGACUUGCGAAUCAAAAUUCAGAUUGAUUCAAGACGCGAGAAAUACUGUGCAAUGGGUACAUGGGUAUUCUCUGUAGCAGGAGCUCUACUUGCAAUACCAAUAGGGAUAAAAAGUAAAUCUUUGGGACCAUUGGUGUUCUUUGGAACCACUGGUACCAUGCUCGAUAUUAUCAUGGGAGUCACUGCUUGCGAAAGAGAACAUGCUGAGCGCAAAAUGAAGCUUUUAGAAGAACAACAAAAGCUCUCAUCAACUGAUGAUGCUGCUUUCGUAGUAGAGUCGGAAACCAGUUCAUUGUAACGGUUCGUAUCAAACUUCCUUUUCCGUUCACUUCAGUAAAGCUUAUCAGUUCGUAUAAAGCAAAACAUGUAAUAGAUCAGAAGCUUUUUGUCAGCCAUAGGGAUGGUAAUGCCUCUGUUUUGCUAUUUUUCUUGUCUACGACUCUUUGUUCUGAAAUUAGAGGUUGUUCCUUUUUCAUAACCACAUUUUGCUGUCUAUUUGGAUUACUACAUAUGAUUCUGUUCCAUUCUUGGUGGGUUUGUAACCUGGA